AUGGGUUCAACUUUUCCAUCUCUGAGGAUCUUGAAUUUGUCAAGAAAUUACUUUGAAGGCAAUAUCCCCCAAUCACUAGGAAACUUGACAGAACUAUGGUCAAUAGAUUUGUCUUACAACAGGCUGUCAGGGGAAGUGCCAGAAGAAAUUGCAACUGGAUGCUCCUCGCUUAUGAACCUGGUAUUGUCGUAUAACAAUCUGGAUGGAAAUUUCCCUUCUACGUUUAUGAACAUUUCAAACCUAUACAUCCUUUAUUUGGAUAGUAACUAUUUCACUGGGCAUAUAUCUUAUGCAUUAUGUCCUAGUGUAAGUGUACGUUAUCUGGACUUUUCAUAUAAUGGUUUUCAGGGCAGAAUUCCUAGUUUGAUUGGAAAUUGUUCGUCAUUGAUAUCUCUUGAUAUGUCAGCCAACUUACUAGAAGGGAGCUUACCAGAAGCUAUAUGCAAACUUUCACAACUUGAAUUUUUAGACCUCUCCAAAAAUCAAUUGAUUGGACCUUUACCAGCUUGCUCCCAACUUACAUCAUUCAAGUUCCUCCACCUGCAUCACAACAUGAUCUCAGGUUCCAUCUUAACGAUGCUGUCUGGAAGCUUCAAUUUGAGGACACUUGAUUUGAGCACUAACAAGCUAUCUGGUGGUAUACCACGCUUUACUGAUAAACUUAAAAAGCUCAGGGUCCUUCUGCUAGGGGGGAAUGAACUGCAAGGUCAUAUUCCAUUGCACUUAUGUCAGCUGCAGAAACUGACAAUUAUGGAUCUUUCUCAGAAUAAAUUUUCUGGGCCACUACCUUCAUGCUUUAGUAAGAUCUCUUUUGGCAGAGGGCAGUUUGACACAGAUGCCUUUCUUACCAAUGGGGAGCUUAUUACAAAGGGAGACUCAAUGGGAUACAAUAAAUCUAAUUCCUUGGGUAUUGAGGAGUACACGUUUGACAUUUUGUUAGAUUCUCCCCAGGAAGAAGAAGUGGAUUUCACAACAAAAAGUAGAGCAGAACGCUAUGCAGGGAAUAUAUUAAAUUUCAUGUCUGGACUUGAUUUGUCGUGUAACCAAUUGAUUGGAGCGAUUCCUCCUGAAUUUGGUGAUCUCAGACAUAUCCGGGCAUUAACUUUAUCCCACAACUACUUGCAAGGAUCUAUUCCCUCAAGACUUUCCAUGUUGAACCAAAUAGAGAGCUUGGAUCUUUCUUACAACGAUUUGAGUGGUGAAAUACCUUCAGAGCUAGCAUCAUUGACUACCUUGUCCAUCUUCAAUGUGUCAUUCAAUAACUUGUCUGGCAGGGUGCCUGAUACAUGGCAGUUUGCAAACUUUGACGAAAGCAAUUAUAGAGGAAAUCCAGGUCUCUGUGGGCCAUUGCUCAAGAGAAGUUGUAACCCCUUUGCUCCACACCCUGAAAAUGUUGGUGAUCAAGACAUAGAAGUUGAUGGUGCAAUUGAUGUGGCAGCAUUCGCUUGGAGCUUUUUUGCUUCAUAUAUGGUGAUUGUGAUUUCAUUAGUAGUAAUUCUUUGUGUUAGCCCUUAUUAUAGAAAAGCAUGGUCUUUUUAUAUUGAUUAUUGGAUCCUGUCGAGAUUCUAUGAGUAUUUCAGGUCUCGUUCCUCAGAAAAAAAGCAAACAUGGAAAGUGUUCAAUUGGAACAUGAGAAGGAGAUGA